AUGACAUUUGUGGGAAGUUACUCUGCCCAGUGGAGUGGGACUGGGACAAUGACCGAAUAUAUCGUGUCCAAAAAUUCUUGGCCACGGUUCUUGUAUGAGAACUACUCGACCAACCCUAGCAACCUCGAGCAUGGCCUUUUCAAAUCCAAGAUCCUAGUUCAGGCUUUCAAAGCCACAUUCACGUCCCCAUCUUCCGCAAGAGAAGCUGAUGGUGAUGGCGAUGGAGCUGACAUCCUCGAAAACAACAGGCACGCCCGGCAGGCAUUAAGUCAGGUCAAGGUUAAAAUGUAUCUGAUAUAUAAACUUUGGCAGGUUUGCUUCGCCCUAUCCGGCGUCACAUCCUGGCGCACCAUGGACGGUGAUUUCGACUACAAGAUGUUUUGGAAUGCCAUUGUCGACUUUUUCGAAAACGUCCCUGGCCCUGUCGCACAACAUAGAGUAACCCAACUUCUGGAGUGGUGGACCAGGAAGAUUUUCGGAAGAAACCAUCAUGAGGACCUGACACCAGAUGUAGUGUCUCAGAUGUCUGUCACCGCAUUAGCAGACCAGAGAAGGGCGCUGGAGGACGCUGAUUAUGAGUCGCAAUAA